UGGUGACAGCCUGUGUUCUCGGCCCCCUCAUCUGGCGCAGCUGGAAGAGGCGCCAGCCUUGGGAGCCGAUGGCUGCCCACGUGAGGGAGUGAGUGGCCUCGCCCGGCCCUACAGAUUGAGGGGGGACGCAGCAGCUGAGUGACCUGGGACGGCGCUGCUGACCCCCUCCCACCAGUUGACGAAUGGUGGGCGGAGCGACGAGUGACCUUUGUCAGGGUCAUGGAGUAAUAGUGGGAAGCAAGGCGUGAGCGUCCCCUGUGGUCAUCUGUUAACUUCUUGGUGGAAACAGAGGUUUGAGCGCCCCAAGCUGACCCCGCGGACCCUCCCAGCCCCCGCCCAGCUGAUGGGGCCACUGGGGCCCUGAGCAGCCACCUGACCAUCCAGACCCCACCCUGCCCGGCCAUGGCUGGUGCUGAAGGCUUCCAAUACCGGGCGCUUUACCGGUUCCGCCGGGAGCGGCCCGAGGACCUAGAGCUGCUGCCGGGCGACGUGCUGGUGGUGAGCCGGGCAGCCUUGCAGGCGCUGGGCGUGGCGGAGGGCAGUGAGCGCUGCCCGCAGAGUGUGGGCUGGAUGCCUGGCUUCAACGAGCGCACGCGGCAGCGUGGCGACUUCCCCGGCACCUACGUUGAGUUCCUGGGGCCCGUGGCCCUGGCCCGGCCUGGCCCUCGCCCCCGAGGCCCCCGCCCACUGCCUGCCAGGCCCCGAGAUGGACCCCCGGAGCCAGGCCUCACACUCCCCGACCUGCCUGAGCAGUUCUCCCCACCUGAUGCGGCUCCUCCCAUCCUGGUGAAGCUCGUGGAAGCCAUUGAGCAGACAGGGCUAGACGGUGACUCCCUCUACAGGCCGGAGCCGCCCGCCCCGCGCACAGACUGGUCCCUGAGCGACGUGGAGCAGUGGGACGCGGCCGCUCUGUCAGACGGCGUCAAGGGUUUCCUGCUGGCGCUGCCCGCGCCCCUCGUGACGCCCGAGGCGGCGGCCGAGGCGCACCGGGCCCUGAGGGAGGCCGCGGGGCCCGUGGGACCGGCGCUGGAGCCGCCGACGCUGCCGCUGCACCGCGCGCUCACGCUGCGCUUCCUGCUCCAGCACCUGGGCCGCCUGGCGCGGCGCGCCCCCGCCCCGGGCCCCGCCGUGCGCGCGCUGGGCGCGGCCUUCGGGCCGCUGCUGCUGCGCGCGCCGCCGCCCUCGCCGCCGCCAGGGGGCGCGCCCGACGGCACUGAGCCCGGCCCAGACUUCCCAGGGCUGCUGGUGGAGAAGUUGCUUCAGGAGCAUCUGGAGGAGCAGGAGGUGGCACCCCCAGCACUACCACCUAAACCCCCCAAGGCAAAGCCGGCCCCCACAGGUGUGGCCAAUGGGGGGAGCCUGCCCUCCCUGCAGGAUGCUGAGUGGUACUGGGGCGACAUCUCCAGGGAGGAGGUGAAUGAGAAACUCCGGGACACGCCUGAUGGCACCUUUCUGGUCCGAGAUGCCUCCAGCAAGAUCCAGGGGGAGUACACGCUGACCCUCAGGAAAGGCGGGAACAACAAGCUGAUUAAAGUUUUCCACCGUGACGGGCACUAUGGCUUCUCGGAGCCGCUGACCUUCGGCUCCGUGGUGGAUCUCAUCACCCACUACCGCCAUGAGUCGUUGGCCCAGUACAACGCCAAACUGGACACGCGGCUCCUCUACCCCGUGUCCAAGUACCAGCAGGACCAGAUCGUCAAGGAGGACAGCGUGGAGGCGGUGGGUGCUCAGCUCAGGGUCUACCACCAGCAGUACCAGGACAAGAGCCGCGAGUACGACCAGCUGUACGAGGAGUACACGCGCACCUCCCAGGAACUGCAGAUGAAGCGCACAGCAAUUGAAGCUUUCAAUGAGACGAUUAAGAUCUUUGAAGAGCAGGGCCAGACACAAGAGAAGUGCAGCAAGGAAUAUCUGGAGCGCUUCCGGCGUGAGGGCAAUGAGAAGGAGAUGCAAAGGAUCCUGCUGAACUCAGAGCGGCUCAAGUCUCGCAUCGCUGAGAUCCACGAGAGCCGCACAAAGCUGGAGCAGGAGCUGCGUGCACAGGCCUCAGACAACCGGGAGAUUGACAAGCGCAUGAACAGCCUCAAGCCAGACCUCAUGCAGCUGCGCAAGAUCCGAGACCAGUACCUCGUGUGGCUUACCCAGAAAGGCGCCCGGCAGAAGAAAAUCAACGAGUGGUUGGGGAUCAAAAACGAGACUGAGGACCAAUAUGCGCUGAUGGAGGAUGAGGAGGACCUCCCCCACCAUGAGGAGCGCACGUGGUAUGUGGGCAAGAUCAACCGCACGCAGGCCGAAGAAAUGCUGAGUGGCAAGCGGGAUGGCACCUUCCUCAUCCGCGAGAGCAGCCAGCGGGGCUGCUAUGCCUGCUCGGUGGUGGUGGACGGCGACACCAAGCACUGCGUCAUCUACCGCACGGCCACGGGCUUCGGCUUCGCGGAGCCCUACAACCUGUACGGCUCGCUGCGGGAGCUGGUGCUGCACUACCAGCACACGUCGCUGCUGCAGCACAACGACGCGCUCGCCGUCACGCUCGCCCACCCGGUGCGCGCGCCCGCGCCCGCGCCCGCGCGCUGAGCCGCCGCCCGCCCUCCGCGCCCUCGUCCCGGCUGCCUGUGUCCCCCUCUCUCGGUCUAUUCCGUCCCCACCUCUCCGUCCUCCUUCCUGUCUCUCUGUCUUUCUUGCUCUCUCUCCUAAGCCUCUGUGUUGGGGUUCCUGCCUCCCCGACCUCGGACUGCCCUCCCCCACGGACACUGCCCUGCCCACGGCUCUGGCACUCCGAGCCGGGGCCCCCGGGGUCCCCGAAGCCCCACCUGGCUGCACCUGCCAUGUUUACAGAAGCCCCUGGGCUGCGCGGCCCCAGCCUGGGCACCCCGAUUUUUAAGCCAUAGACGUGGGGUCAGGGCAGGAAGGAACUUCGCUUGGCCACUUCCAAGAACCUCGGCUGUGACAUUUGGGGCUGGGCGGGACCCGCCCCACAGCCCCCAACUUCCCCUCCAAACCCUGAAGUGAAACCUGCCACUGGGUUAUCCCCACAAUGGGGCUGCUGCCGAGAAAUACCCCCGAAAAAAAAAGAUAAUUAAAAAUAAGAUUGGGAGCCGGCCCCAUGGGGCCCGUGGCCUGCGGGGCGCUGCCACCGGCGCUGUAGGGGCUGCCUCCCCGCGCCCGCGCCCCUGCUGCGCGCCCAGUUGGGGCCUCCGAUCAUGCUGGGUUCUGAUUUUAUUUCUCCUUGACUGUAAAGCCCCCUUUCCUCUCCUCUUUUGGGAUGAGAGCCCUGGUUUUCUACACCACCCGCGGACCCUCCCGCCUGCUCGGCUCGCCCGGCGGGUUUUGUAUGGGACGUUGAUACUGAUAUGGAUAUAAAACAUUGAACACGA